CCUACUCCAUAACCAACUCUCAAAACCUUCCUCUCCAUCUCUAUCUCCAUUCACCAUUCUUUGUCGACCCUAACUCCUUCCUUCGAACUCGAACUAGACCAAUACCGAUUUCUUUAACCCCAAUAUUCUUGAAAUAUGUCUUCCACUACUGCCGAGUCCCACCUGGCCGCGGCCAAGACCGUCCUCUCCACCGUCGGCUCGAUUGCUGCGGCGGCCAUGGUGAUCCGGACCGUCUCCAACGACUACCUCCCCCCUGAAUUCCAAGACUACCUCUCCUUCGGCCUCCGCACUUUCUUCAGCCGAUUCUCCUCCCAACUCACAAUGGUGAUCGACGAGUUCGACGGCCUGGUCAACAACGAAAUCUACGAGGCCGCCGAAGUCUACCUGGGCCCCAAAAUCUCCCCCACCACCCGCCGCCUCAAAGUAAGCAAACCCGAGAACGAACGGAGCAUAAACGUUUCGAUGGAACGUAACCAAGAAGUCGUCGAUUCGUUCGAGGGCGCCGAGUUCAAAUGGGUGUGGGUCGUCCGUCAAGUCGAGUCGUCCGGGCAUUUUUACAACCCUCGUGACAUGAACUCCACCCUCCGGUCCGAGGUCCGGUCGUUCGAACUCACUCUCCACAAGAAGCACAAGCAGAGGAUUCUUGAUUCUUAUUUUCCCUACUUGCUGAAACAGGCCAAGUCGUUGAAACAGGAGAAGAAGACGGUGAAGAUCCACACGGUGGAUAUCGAGAACUUGUACAACAUCAACGAGGCGUGGACGGCGGUGAACCUCGAUCACCCGGCCAGGUUCGAGACCCUGGCGAUGGACGCGGAGUUGAAGGGGAGGAUAGUGAAGGACUUGGAGAGGUUCGUGAAAAGGAGGGAGUAUUACAGGAGGGUGGGGAAGGCGUGGAAGAGAGGAUACUUGUUGUACGGGCCGCCGGGGACGGGGAAGUCGAGCUUGAUCGCGGCGAUGGCGAAUUUCUUGAAUUUUGACAUUUAUGAUUUGGAGUUGACGGAGCUGAGGUGCAACUCGGACUUGCGGCGGCUGCUGGUGGCGACGGCAAACCGGUCGAUCUUGGUGGUGGAGGACAUUGACUGCACCAUAGAGUUGAAAGAUAGGAGCGCGGCGGGGGCGGCGGUCAGAGAUUCAGAGCCAGGUGGGAACCAUAACCAGAACAAGGUUACACUGUCGGGUUUGCUCAAUUUUGUGGACGGUCUCUGGUCAAGCUGUGGUGAUGAACGAAUCAUAAUCUUCACCACAAACCACAAGGAGAAGCUUGACCCGGCACUGCUAAGGCCGGGUCGCAUGGACUUCCACAUUCACAUGUCUUAUUGCACCCCAUGCGGGUUCAGACUCUUAGCGUCCAAUUACCUCGGCAUCAAAUCCCAUGAGCUUUACGGAGAAAUCGAAGAACUGAUUCGGUCGACUGAAGUGACCCCAGCUGAUGUAGCUGAGCAGCUGUUGAAGAGCGAUGAACCGGAUGAGGUACUCCGCGAUUUAAUCGAGUUUCUCACUGACAAGAGGAUGGAAAAUGAGGAGGCUGCUAAGGCCAAGAAUGGGGUAGAUGGAGAAUUACUAGGUGAGAAAGGAGAUGAGAGUCAGAAACAGGAGGAGGAAAAACAGGAAGAGAAUUAAGAGAGGAGUACAUGCAGGACUAGUAAGUAAUUCUAAAGUAUCAGCUACGGAUCGAUAUAGAAUUUGAGAUGAUAUCUUUUACUACUUCUCAUAAACUUUGAUUGGAACUCGAUCUAUACGAAUCACUAGAAUAUGCUACCUGACGUAUUGGGAAAGUAUUAACGCUUGUUUUUUCAUUUUACAAAGUAAGAAAAUUUACAACAUAAUACGUGGAGGAUUUUCCAUGGAAGCCGGCUCAAAAUAUUUGAUCUUAGGUGCAUUUUCCUCUGAAAUAUUAUUGUUUGGGUA